AUGCUGAUGCUGUUGGUGGUGGUGGCGCUGGUGGUGGUGGUGGUGCUGGUGGUGGUGGUGGUGCUGCUGCUGUUGGUGGUGCUGGUGCUGCUGCUGCUGCUGCUGAUGGUGCUGCUGCUCCUGCUGCUGCUGUUGGUGGCGGCGGUGCUGCUGCCGGUGGUGCUCUUGCUGGUGCUGAAGGAGGUGUUGGAGUUUUCUCGUUUGUUUAAGGAUGACUUCGUCUUAGACAAAAUGGACCUACAGACACUGCAGGUGAUGUGCAAGCUGUUGGGGCUGCAGCCGUACAGUGUUCGCUCUCAUGUUGUCUUGCAGCUCAGACACCACAUAAACCACAUUCAGCGCGAAGACAGAGAGUUGUUAUGGGAGGGGGUAGAAAGCCUCACUCACGAGGAGCUCGUUGAGGCAUGCAGAGACAGGGGAAUGAAGUUCUACGCUACCACAGAUGCAGCCAUGAGAGAACAGAUCCGUCAGUGGUUGGAGGUUUCUUCUCACCGAGACGUCCCCCCCAUUUUGCUGCUGUGGAGCCGCUGCGUUUCUAUGGUGCCUGCUGCACAGCUGCUGCCACACCCGGAGCAGCAGAGGCUGCAGCAGAACCCAGCAUCUCUCUUGCUGCUGUUGCUGGGAAACAUGCAGCAGCUCAAGACAAAAAAAAAGAAGACGAAGACACUGCAGCAGCAGCAGCAACUGGUGCUGCUCCUGCUGCUGCAGCAGAAGAUGCCGAGGCUGAAGCAGAAACCCUACGCAAAACAGGAGGAGAGGGCGCAGCAUACGCAGAUGCAAAUGAAGCAGAGACAGCCGGAGGCACCAGCAGAAGCAGCAGAAGGUGAUGAACCCUUGUCUUCUAUACAGCAGCAGCAGCAGCAGCAGCAGCAGCAGCAGCAGCAGCAGCAAGAAAGGCAGCAGCAAGGCGAGGAGGCUGACGGGAUCCAUCAAAAAGAAACAGACAGAACCACUGCCGCAGAACCAACAAAGGAAAGUUGA